AUGUCUUCCCACAGAGGAUCUGUGGGGGCACAGGGCAGUGAGGCUUCUACCAGUAACAUGGAAACUGACUCGGUGGAACUAGCUGAACUGGGACCCCUGCCAGAAGAGAAGGGUGAGCCGGUAAUUGCCAAGCCCAACGAGGCUGAAAAGCAAACAUGCCCAGGGCCCCAGGAAGAAGAGGAGGAGGAACAGGUACUCACGCUUCCCCUGCAGGCCCACCAUGCCAUGGAGAAGAUGGAGGAGUUCGUGCAUAAGGUCUGGGAGGGACGUUGGAAGGUCAUCCCGUAUGAGGUACUCCCUGAAUGGCUGAAGGACAAUGACUAUCUGCUACAUGGCCACAGACCACCCAUGCCCUCCUUUCGGGCUUGCUUCAAGAGCAUCUUCCGCAUCCACACAGAAACUGGCAACAUCUGGACCCAUCUACUUGGUUUUGUGCUGUUUCUCUUUUUGGGAAUCUUGACUAUGCUUAGACCAAAUGCAUACUUCAUAAUCCCUCUUCAGGAGAAAGUGGUUUUUGGCAUGUUCUUUUUGAGUGCAGUACUCUGCCUCAGCUUCUCCUGGCUCUUCCACACUGUCUAUUGUCAUUCAGAGAAAGUCUCUCAGACUUUUUCCAAACUGGACUAUUCAGGGAUUGCUCUACUGAUUAUGGGGAGCUUUGUCCCCUGGCUCUAUUACUCCUUCUACUGCUCCCCACAGCCUCGGCUCAUCUACCUCUCCAUCAUCUGUGUCCUGGGCAUCUCUGCCAUCAUUGUGGCACAGUGGGAUCAGUUUGCCACUCCUGAGCAUCGGCCAACAAGAGCAGCAGUGUUCCUGGGACUUGGCUUGAGCGGCGUGGUGCCCACCAUGCACUUUACGAUCACUGAGGGUUUUGUCAAGGCCACCACAGUGGGCCAGAUGGGCUGGAUCUUUCUCAUGGCUGUGUUGUACAUCACUGGAACCGGCCUUUAUGCUGCUCGGAUUCCUGAGCGCUUCUUUCCUGGGAAGUUUGACAUAUGGUUCCAGUCCCACCAGAUUUUCCACGUCCUGGUGGUGGCAGCAGCCUUUGUCCACUUCUAUGGGGUCUCCAACCUUCAGGAAUUCCGUUAUGGUCUAAAAGGUGGCUGUACUGAUGACUCCCUUCUCUGAACCUUCCCACC